AUGGGAGGUCAAACGGCACCCGUCACUCAAGGAAUAUCUCAAAAUACAACGACCAUCGCGGGUGUCACCGUUAUUGACACACCUAUUGUGCGCGAUGCACAAGCUUUUGCUCGCCAACACACGAUCGAUUCCAUUUAUAAUCAUGUGAUGAGAUCCUGGUUACUCUCUGCAAUCAUCAUUAACGCCAACGAGACACUACGCAACACUGUUGACCUAGAAGUCCACGCAGUAGCCUCACUUCUUCAUGACAUAGGCUUAGAUCCGGCUGCAAACUCUCCUGUGGUUAGCCCAGAUCGACGUUUUGAAGUCGAUGGUGCCUUCGCUGCCAGAAAAUUUGUCGAGGAGCACGAGAUAGGUCAAACUUGGGACAGUCACCGGUUGCAACUUUUAUGGGAUUCUAUCGCACUGCAUGCCACAUUUACUAUCGCAGAUUACAAAGAGUUCGAGGUGCAGCUUGUCAGUAAGGGGGCAGUGACAGAUUUCACUGGGCCAGUUUAUCCGAUAACACAACUCGAUUGGGACACGUUGGUGGCACAAUUUCCACGAACCAACUUUGGAACAAAUUUCAAUGAAUCUAUUAUUCAUCUCUGCAUGAACAAGCCAAACACGACUUAUGACAAUUGGAUGCAGCCGUUCGGUGAUCGAUAUGUCGCCGGUUAUUCUUCAAAGGGCCAUGACUUGAUCGAUAGUCCAGUUUAUCCCUAA